CGACCAUUGUGAACCUCGCGCGCCAGAUAUCAUUCGCAUAUCGGGAAUCACGUGACGACGAACGUCGGUUGAAGAAACAGCCCAAGAAGACGGCCUUUUUGUUUUCAGGGCACCAGGGAGCAGCAUGUCAGCCGGCAAGGUGCUCGCUCUCAUAGUCGUCGUUGUAAGCUUUGCGGUAGUCGCUGUCGCCGUCUCCUGGUGUUGCUGGUGUAUUCGCUCGCGCUUCUCCGACAAGAACAUCCAGCCGGUCAAGUCUGCGGCCACCGUCGCUGACACACUGGAUUCCUCCAGGGCAAAGAGUUCCGCGGGAUCCUUACCCGUGCCUGCAUCCUGUCCAUCUGACACAGCACCUGCAGCCAUACCAUCGCAGACCUCCGUCACAGCGAAACGCAAGUUGAGCAUCAGGCUUCCAGACUCUUCGCCUGUCGUCUGCAAAGACGCCAAGGACACUAAGAAGACACUUACAGAAGCAAUUUCGCAGAUAUCUUUGGAGCCCCUUGUAGCAGAGAACCUGUACCAGAGGAAGAGUUCCAAGCUCGACUUGUUCUCCCGUGAAAAUUCGCUACUGUCCACAGACGGAGACACACUGCCACUUUCGCUGCCACUUUCGACCAAGACCAAGAUGCCUACGGCAACCGCGACGAAGCAGCGAACUCUAGAAGAAGGCUUGACCAUGGCCAAGUUGAGUGAACGGAAGCAAUCUAAAUAUGAUUUAUUUUCUAGAGAGAACAGUCUCAUGGACUCGGAACUGUCUCAAGGAGCGGACGAUCAGGCCGUCAAUCAGGCUAGGCUUGAAGAAGAGCUUUUGGCCGACUUAAGAAGAGAAGGCCAGACUGUGAAGGCCCCGCGGAAAUUGAGCAUUGGAAAGAAGGAGCUGCUAAAACAAUUGGGGGAACACUCCGCAAUGGUGGCCAACACAGCAGGCAGCCCAAAACCAAUUGCAUCACCCGUAACGGUAGCUGGAGCCGACCAGUCACCAGUGGUGGCAGCGUCUGUUGAGAAACACUCGUCAACUCCUCCGUCCACAAAAUCGGCCAAAUCGAAAGCCUCGAAAACAUCAAAGAAGUCGCACAAACAUAAAAAGAAGCACGCUAAAUCACCUGAUGGCGCGGAAGCAGAAAAUCCUCAAGAAUCGGCAACUAAAGUGGAGUCUUCUAGUCCCGCAUCAUCUGACGCCGUGAAAGGAGAAGCAAUCCAAGAACUAGUCACUAAUGCGCUGUCUACUAGUCCUGCAUCAUCUGACGCCGUGAAAGGAGAAGCAAUAAAAGAACUAGCCACUAAUGCGCUGUCUGCUAGUCCUGCAUCAUCUGACGCCGUGAAAGGAGAAGCAGUCAAAGAACUAGCUACUAAAGCGCUGUCUGCUAGUCCUGCAUCAUCUGACGCCGUGAAAGUGGAAGCAGUCAAAGAACUAGCUACUAAAGCGCUGUCUGCUAGUCCUGCAAUAAGAACUAAGUCAAGUGAUGCAACGCAUGAAGAAGCAGUCAAAGAACUUUCCGUGAAAACACGAUGUGUUAUUUCUACAGCAACGUCUAUCGAAACUCCACCAAAAACGAUGACUGACAAGGCCGAUGCAGAGGUGUCCCCCAGAAGUCGAGACAAAACGGAGUUAUUACUACCAGACAAGAAAUCCGCGGAGAAGGACUUAGCUGCUUCAGCUCCAUUGCUCAUAAGUCCAUCUACCUCACAGGGGUCUUUACCGAAAUAACGACUGUGUUGUCUUCAAUAAACAUGUUAUAUGUU